CAUGCGCCCAAAUUGGAAUUAACCACAGCGAAAGGGAGGAGAGGGGUGGCGAUGGUGUCCAAAUAAUUAAUGUUUAAAAACAUUAAAUCAAAGUUUUUGGAUCCCUCAGGGAGCGAAAAAGUGUAAUAUUUUACCAAUUGUUCCGUUGUGGAAGCCCAGAAUCCAGCAGUGGCUGGAAGAGGUGCGGGGGUGUCUGCGUGCCCCCUCUGGACGGUGUGGGAGCAUUUCCUUGUUGCGGCUUCUUUCCUGUAAAGUUUGGAAAGUUUGAAAGUUUUAUUUCCCCCCACCUCCUCCCCCUCUUCCCCUCACUGCAUUUUGUAUUUUUGGAGGUAAAGUGCGGAGGGGAGGGGUUUGUGUGGAUGGUGAGGCUGAGCAACUAGGAUGUGUACAUUUGAAGACAUCAGGAACAAAUACAGGCUCCAUCUGUUCGUCUGGCACAACCAGUACAGAGAGGUUGAGAAAGAACUGAAACAGCAUGACAUUGAAGCAGUUGAUCCACGGGGUCGGACGCCAUUACACCUUGCCGUCUCGCUAGGACACUUGGAAUGUGUUGAAGUGCUACUUCAAAACAAUGCCUCUGUCAUCAAGGAGAAUGCCAAGGGAUGGACAGUUCUACAAGAGGCAGUCAGCACAGGAGAUCCUGAGUUGCUGCAGAAAAUUCUUCAGUAUCGGGACUAUAAUAGAAUAAACUCUCAUCUAAAUGGAGUUCCAGAACUACUUAACAAGAUACAAAAGACUUCUGAUUUCUACGUGGAGAUGAAAUGGGAGUUUACCAGCUGGAUUCCCUUGGUGUCCAAGAUGUGCCCAAGUGAUGUAUACCGUAUAUGGAAGAGUGGUGCCAACCUACGAGUAGAUACAACCUUGCUGAACUUUGAGAAUAUGAGAUGGGAAAGGGGCCAUCGCAGCUACAUUUUUAAGGGCAAAGCUGACAGGGCAGAGUUUAUAGAGGUGGACCACGAUAACCAAGUCGUAGACCUUGAACACUUCGAGCUCUCGCAAGAACAACAAGGUCUCACACUGUCGUCCGUAAGACCAACAGCGGAUCAAGUUGCAAAUCGUCUUACUUCCCCCAUUGUUUCCACGUACCUUGAUACAAAAAACAUAUCCUUUGAAAGGAAUAAGUCUGGAUUCUGGGGUUGGCGGACAGACAAGACAGAUGUUGUACAAGAGUAUGAGGCCAAGGUUUUCACUGUGAAUAACGUUAAUGUGGUAACCAGGAGCAGAACAGAACACCUCACCGAAGAUGAAAAGGCCAAAUAUAAAGAUGAUAAAAACCCUCUUGAAUCUCUACUGGGAAAAGUAGAGGAGCACAUCAGCCCACAGAAUGGACACCUUGUCACAGAAACUGCAACGAUUAACAACCCCACAUCAAUCACGCCGGAAGAAUAUUUCAACCCAGAGUUUGACCUUGGAGACCGGGACAUUGGUCGCCCCAUGGAGCUCUGUGUCAAAUUACGCAAAUUUAAAGCAACACUGUGGCUCUGCGAGGAUUACCCACUGUCCUUUGUGGAGCAGGUGAUUCCAAUCAUCGAUCUUAUGGCGAGGAGCAACACGCACUUUGCAAAACUCAGGGAUUUUAUCACUUUGCAAUUGCCACCAGGAUUUCCUGUCAAAAUAGAAAUUCCACUCUUCUAUGUACUGAAUGCACGAAUUACAUUUGGAAAUGUGAAUGCAUGCAACACCCUCAAGGCAGCAACAUCUCAAGCACACCAAGGAUCACAGAGCAACUUAACAGUGCCAAUGUCUAUCAGAGAAUCUAGCUUUGAAGUGGACCCAUCCGUUUUCGCCAUUCCAGAAAAUUACCACAUCCGUGGUGGCAGACGGAAUGUGGUGCCUGGAAUUGAUGGAGAUGAGAAUGACCAGCUAAUCCAGCUCGCAAUCCAGCAGAGUCUUUUGGACUCCCAGCCUGAUGGCAAUGAUGGUGCAUGGGAAGAGGUUCCCAGCAGGACUUCGCUGUCAGAACAGAGCUUGAAUCAAGAUAGUGAGAGGGCAAUCAGUGAGAGCUCUCCUGGCUCUCAGUCCAUAAACCAGUUCUCCAACUACAACACUCAGUUGCAAUAUGCCAUGGAGCUUUCUGCCAAAGAGCUUGAGGAGCAAGAGAAAAGACAGCGAGAAGAGGAAGCAAUGCUGAAGCGUAUAUUGGAGCUCUCUCUGCAGGAGCAAUGAAGGCUCUUUGUGGGCCAGUUGAAACGGGUGCACAGCACUUUAUUAACCUGUUACAACCGUGAAAUUAAUCAGACUGUUUUUAAAGAAAGUAUAUUUUUUCCAUAUUUUUGACAUUUCAGUGAACAAUCUGCAUGGUGAGCAGAUUGUGUUGGUGUUUCUUUCCUUCCCUGAUGCAGUGAUAUGUAGCAUUCACCAGCACUGGCUAUUGGCCUUCUUCCUUGCACAGUCCUGAUUUGUCUUGGAAACCACAAUAUUAUCUAAUGCCCAGUUUACAGAUCAGGAAUGCAGUGAACCUUCUGACACAAUUACCAUUUUCUGAGCUUACUUUAAUGCUGUUUUAUUGCAUUGCUUUUCCGAUAGUAAGAGCCAAAUUGCCCCUGCAUUGAAACAAACUUCUUAAACAGGCAGAUCACAUACAGCUUUUAUAUAAGAUACAGAAAUGUGUUGCCAUUUCCACUCAGUUGUAACUUCACAAAUGUUGCACUUAGCCAUAGUAAGUUUCUUGCAGACUGCAUUUGAACUGACACAGGCAUAGUUGCAUUACUAGCCCACCCUGUGUUGCCUGUGUAGCAGAAGUUGGAAUGCUAUUUUAUUGUGGGGGAGGGCCAAAUUGCUAAAUCUUACAUUGGAAUUGCUCACUUAAUCUCUACACAUGCACAUUUUUCUACAGGGAUUGCUGGAUAAUGACCAGGAUUAGGAACCCUAUCUGAUUAUUGCACCCACCCCAUCCCCACACAAACUGCAGCCAGGAUAAGCUAAACCACCUACUGAAGGUCAACAUUAGGACCUUUUCAUGUCUUAGCCAAGAUAUUGUAAUAGGCUCAGACUCCAAUCAGUUGUUCCAAGGACAUGGUUUGCAGACCAUAGCAAUGAAUAUGUCAUUAAUGUAAAAUGAAAAUGGAAAACAAUUUUUUUUUUUUGCUUUUUGAGCAUUUAAACUUGGUCUGAAGAAAUGAAUGCCCCACACUCAUACUGAUUCUGGUGAAAUGUGAAAUUAUACUUUUUUUUCCCCAUUUAUAAAGGGAGGAAAUAAGAGCUAUGCUGAUCAUUUCAGAUAUCUUAAUCUUUGUAAAAAGGUUUAACUUAUACUUUGAAAUGAGACUGUACACUGUAGUUUUGCAGAAGUGUGCUUUUACUCUUUUCUCUGAAUUAUGUAAGUAAAAAAAUUAAAUCUGG